ACCCGUUAACUAGCGUGGAACCUGAACGAGCUGCAGGCCUUCCGCUCUUCCGUAUUCCCCCACGCCGCUGAGUUCCGUGCUGGAGUUCCGUCUUCCCCCACGCCGCUGAGCUCCGAUUCAUCCAUGGAGCGCAAGCUCUACCCCGACGAGCACGAUUUGGUCGCCACAACCAACAUCCUCCCUGCGGACCAAUUCCCCAUCUCGCCCCACCGCUCGACAUCCACUAUCGUCCCAAUUCGGCCAGCCCCAAAUCGGAGUCCAAGCUCCACCCCGACGAGCCUGAAGCGUUCGCCGGAGCCAAGAUCUUCCCCCGCCGAGCAGUUCCCCAACUCGCCCCACCGCUCAAGAUCUGCUAUCGUCUUUGGCGCCGGCCUGUACGCGGCUGCGAGAGUGCGGGUGGCGUGAUGUCGACCCGCCGCUCAGGAUCGACGGCGUCUACAUCGUCCUCGGCACCGGCUGAAUGGAUCCCCUGUUUUUCGGCGAACUCUGAUGGCCAAAACACCAUCAACUGUGAAUGGAUCAGGUGGUUCAACCUCCAACAGAUCAGCAUUCACCAAAGCAUUGCAACACGUUCGCCGGAAACUUGGGAUCAACCUUGCACAGAACACAACAAUCAAUGCUAGUUCUCCACGAUCUAGUGGUGUUAGUAAUAAAGCAAGGAAAUCUAGAAAAGGUACAGUAUACACGAGGAGUUCCGCUGGUAUGACUUCAGACAUCUUCAGUAGCAUAGAAGAUGAAACUAGGUUGCAGCUGAUUAAAGACAUGGGAUUCCAAGGUUUUAAGUACCUUAAUAUCCACAAGUCAAAUAAGGAUUUUGCUGCAUGGCUGCUCAGUAAGUUUGAUCCUGUCCGCUGUACCUUACUUUCUGGUACUAGAUCUGAAAUCAAGUUGACAGAAUCUGAUGUCAACUUGAUCCUGGGAAUCCCAUGUGAGGGAAAGCCCAUAGUACCUGCAACACAUCAAGAAGUGGUUAUAAUGAAAAAAUAUAUCUGUAAUGUUUUUGGGAAGGAAUCAUUUGAGCAAAUCACCUUGCCGUUCCUCACCGGUAUUUUAUACAAGAAACCUGAGAGUCCAAUGUCUGUCGGUGAGGCUAUCAAAUUCAAAACUGCACUCAUAAUGGUCCUUGUGACCAUUUUUUUAGGCCCAGUUUCUCUCAACAAUCACAUAUCAACAAGGUAUAUGACAGCCUUGGUUGACAUUGAUAAUGUCCAAAACUAUAACUGGUCAAAGUUUGUUAUCGAUGAGCUAAAAGUUGCAGCGGAUUCUCUGCAUAACAAGCUAAAAAAUGGCAAAAGCGCAGGCUACAUCAAUGGUUGCAUAAUAUUACUUCAGAUUUUUUAUUUGGAUAACCUUGAAAAUGGUAACAGCACUCCUGAACACAGCUGCUUUCCUCGCAUCAGAUCGUAUGAUGACAAAAUCAUGGAUGAGUUCAUAAAGAAAGACAUGAUCUUACAAAAUCGAUUUCCAUUCCCAUCUUUUGGAAAGCUCAAGCUCCGUGAUCGUCGUCAAGUUUGCUACAGCAACAACACAUUUGCCAGUCAAGUUGAGAUUGAAGAAGUUGUCCAUCAUGGAGCGACUCGCAAGCCAACCUCAACCUUCGGCGGCAUUGAUCCACCAAGUUUUGACCUGGGCCUUUCACAGCUCGACAACGACAACACUAUGGGAUUAUCUCUUUAUCGUUUCGAGUCGAUUCAAAAAGAUGUCCAUCAUGGAUUGACUCCCAAGCCUACAUUUUCCAUCGGCGGCAUUGAUCCACCAAGUUUUGAUCUUGGCCUUUCACAGCUUGACAACAACAACACUCUUGGAGAACUAACACCCGCAAAUCUAGUGCAAGGUAAUUUAGAAGCACAGUUUGACACGGUUGCUGAUCAAGCUGUUGUGCCAGAAACUCCUCCAGAUCAACAAGGUGUAGCUAAUACAGAGACCAUGAUGAAUUCUGCUUCUUUCUCCUCACCGCAUUCCAUACUGAAGCAUGUUACUGAAGCGAGGAUUACACUUCGUAAUGAACAACUUGUCACCAAGUAUCUCCCUAAAUCCAAGAAAACAAUCAUUGGAGAACCUGCAGAUUUGCUUGUAAAUUUGCCAGCACGUAUCGUUAAGCCAAGCACGAUGGUAAAGUCACCUUUUCUAUGCAAGCCACAAUCAUACACAAGGAACGAGAGUAAGGCUCUAGAUGAUCUGUUUCAACACACCACUUCCAUCCAAGACAAGAACGCACUAAAGAAGCUUUGGGUUCACAUCUCCAACCCGGUUCCCAUGAAACUUCAUCUAUCUCACCUUCAACAUACCCUGAAGACUAAUGACCCCAUGGACGAAGAUACAUUUAAUCUUGCCGUUCAGGCACUUUAUGAGGAUGAGCUCCAUACAUUUGGUUCCACUAAUUUUGUUGGCUGGAGGCACUUCCUGAACCAAGAUUUUGCGAUGUAUGCAAUUGCGGCAGACGGCCACUGGAACCCAACAUAUCACAUUCAUUUGUUCACUGAUCCAUCAAUUAUUCCAUACAACGUGUCAUCAUGUCGCCUGCAUCUUGACACCGCUGCACGGUGUUUCUACACAUGUGGCCAAUUCAAUGACCAUGAGAAGUGCUUCUUCUUCCAGUGGAUCGACGGCCCCGACAACUUUGACCCACGGUUCUUGCUUUUUGCGGGUAUUUGCCACGGGAAGUUUCCACGUGAUCGCUUCAAAUGUUGGGUGCCGCCACCACCAAACCCCCGCCGAUGACUUCUGAGGAGAAGGAAGUAGCUACGGCAAGACGCCUUGAUGACCCUCCUAAGUGCUUUUGUGGUGACAGAGCUAUGGUAGAGCAGACGCGCGGUCUUGAGUUUGUGUGUCCCAACAAGCAUCCAGAUUAUUCUAUGGAAAAGUGUCAUUUUAGAGAGUGGCUAUAUGGUCCGAAGUCUCAUUGGCCGGAGGAAAAGAAGAAAAAGAAGGACAGGAUUAUUACCCCAUCGCCUCCGGUUAAGUGCAAGUGUGGUGUUGAGGCUAGCUACGUCCUAGUUCCUUCCGAACUAGGAGUCGGCUAUUUUGUGGUCAUAUGGUAGACUACGAUGAGAGCACUAGGAAAUGUGACUGGGAGUAUUGGCAUGGGAAAAGAGACUUCUACCAAACCUGCGAGCAGAAGAAAGCACUAGGCAUUAAGCUUCGAUGCGGGAACGAGCUAUUGGACAACUAUGUGAAGUACUAUAAAGAGGACGCACGUCGUGAAGCAAGUGAGGGCCGUCACAACAGCCCCGCAAAAGUAAUGUGGGAGAAAUGGAGGCUCGAAGGUAUGAGGCAAAAAGAAGAGGAGAACUCUUGGAGAGCUGUACUUCAAAAGUAUGACGAAAUGAAGGGUUUGGAGAAAAGAUUGUGCGCUAAGAUUGGAUGCACCGGAGAUUGGACCGCUGAUGUGGCUCGUUCAAGGUAUUUGGAGAAGAUAGCUAUGGACAAGAUGAAGGAGGAUGAAGUCAAAGAGGCCGACAACAACAUGGAUGAGGAAGACAACUCAAGACUGGAUGCUCUCGCCGAACUAGUGCUUGAGCAUGAUGCUUCUAAGAUGGCUCAACAAGAGCAUAAUGUACAUGUGCACAAUGCAGGCGAAACCAGCCGCGCUACGGACUUUGUGUUGCAGGUGGAGGAGGACGAGGAGGAGGAAUGGUAUACACAAGCCGUGGAUGAGGCAGAGGCUGCUUACUAUAGCCAAAAGAAGGUGGUGGUAGAGGAGGAUGAGGACGAGGAAUGGUUAACACAAGUCGUGGAUGAAAUUGAGGCUGCUUACUACAGGCAAAAGGCGGAAAGGCAAAAGGAGUGGUGGUGGAGGAUUGCGAGUCCGACGACGACGAUUUGCUACCUGGCUACGUUUCUAGUUAGAGGUCCAUAGUAUUUGAGCAUGUAAUGGAUUCCUUAUAUGCGAGUACGAACUAGUGGUACAUGUCUAUGUAUGAUGAGGACUUUUAUGCGACGCCAUGGAUUCCUUCUCCCACGAGUAUUCGCUUGUAUGUUUCAUUUGUUGAUACUAAAGCUCUCGUGGUUGUCCAACUGUUGUUACAAAAGCUAACUCGUUGGGCUGUCCAAGAAAUGGCCAAGCAACUCACAAAGCUAACUGCAAGCUCGGCGUGCAGCCCAAGCACGCCGAGGUUGGCUACCUCGGCGUGGCGAGCCCCACCAACGCAGGGAAGGCUCAAUUUAGGGUGCUAGCUCAGCGUCAAACUACAGCACGCCGAGGUUGGCUACCUCGGCGUGACGAGCACCUCCAACUCAGAGAGGUACAGGUUUGGCACUGACCUCGGCAUCAAUUGAAAAAACGCCGAGGUCUCAUGGUCGGCGCCAUGUCAGCUGACGCCGAGGUCUUGGGCUCAGCAUUUUAUUUAUUUACGCCUAAGAUUUGAGCCAUUGACAAAAUAAUACAAAUCCAUAAUCAUAUAGUAAUACAAAUCCAUAACGAUAUAGUAGUACAACUACAUUCUCGGAAAAAUAAUACAAAUCGACAAUCAUAUAGGCACAUACGUAAAUAGCAUUAGUUUCCACACAUAGUCCAUACAUGAGCAAUAGCAUUAGUUCAUUCAUAGUCCAUACUUGAGUUUCCAACGAAAACAAGCAAUGCAGCAAAAUCUAAACGGAUAGAAUGGAAGAGGGGAAGGAGUAUUACCUCGGGACCAAUUUGAAGGGACUGAUUUGAGCCCCUAGCCACUCCCUAAUGGCUAGGGUUUGAGGGGGCGGCGGGGUAAGGAGAGAGAGAGAGGUGGGAAGACAAAAAACUGAAUGGAGGGAGGAGGAAGAAGGCCGCGCGGGGCUCUGUAUAGCCUAGACCUCGGCGUCACACGACUCAACGCCGAGGUCUGGAGGCUCAGCGCUAAAGGGCAGCACGCCGAGCUGUUUGGGCCGCCAGGCCAAAAUGGGCCGUCCAGCACCGCGCCCCAGACUUCGGUGUGCCAAGAGCUAACGCCAAUGUCUGUUGCUCGGCGUCAGCUUACUUGACGCCGAGGUCCCGGCCACGUGUUUUCGAUGACCAGGGUCGUCGAUGACGUGGCACUAGUUCGGCGUUAAGGGCCUACACGCCGAGACGCGGAACCUCGGCGUGCUGUUACAUGACGUCGAAAAACGGUCUAUUUUUGAAAAUUGUUUCCUAGGGGUCUAAUUGCAAAAAAAGUUUAAAAAAGGGCUAAAUUACAAAAAUUUCACCAUGAUUACAUGACCCCGCAGGCUUGAAAAGAACCGUCAUUCCCAGCUGCCUGCCCAAUGGAUCAUGGAGUGGGACUUUACACAAGCACUUUUUCUUUGGUCCCCCAAUUUGCUUAAUUACCCUACCAUCCGGCACAGAUGUAUAUGUUUGGCACCUAUAUACCAUCACAUUCGUAGCAAUGAAACUCAAACAUAUAGAAAACGUGUUUGUAUUGCAAUGAAACCCGCAUGCAUACAUAUACGACCAUCACAUUCAAUUCGUAGCAAUGGAACUCACACGGUCACACACAUAUACACCAUCUGUUCCUAAAUAAAUAGAUUUCAGUUAAGUCAAACUUUUAAACUUUGAUCGAAUUUUUAUAAAAAAUAUUAUGUUUUGGUAUCAAUUAGUAUCAUUAGAUUUACCAUAGAAAUAUUUUUUCAUAACGUGCUUAUUUUAGGUCAUAGAUAUUGUAACUCUUUUUUAUAAAGUUAGUCCACUGACACAGAUUCUAGAAACUGAUUUAUUUAGGGAUGGAGUAUCUAGCUAGCAAGACUUGGAACUAUGGGGGGCUUCCAUCUUGCCUCCUACCCUUGCUAAGGAACAGUGCAAAGGAGGCUGAGGGUGGCUCAUAGGAGAAGUAAAGUGAGGGUUAAACACGGAGGGACAAAGCGGAAACACAAUAAAUUUAGGAGUCAAUGACUAUUAAUUCAUCAUCAAUUUUUGUGCCACCCAUUGGGUAUUUAUAGGGCCUACCGAGGGUGUGGCAAAAUUACAAAUUGCCCUUGUCAUACAAGGCGCCACUCUAUUGGAGUAUAGGGACCUCACCCUCUCUGGGACUACCGACUUCCGUCCAAUGCUUCAUAACACAGAGCCAAUCACGCAAGGGUUGCCUCUUGUUCGAAAGGCCUUGCGAGCAACACUCAACCUGCAAAGACAUAGGACCAAAGUUCCUUCGUCUGGAGCAUUAUAGCACCCUUCGUUGAGGGCACCAUUGAGCGUGGCGGUGAGGGUCCCGCCGAGGGUCGUACUCAGGACCCAUGUCGAACAUAGCCAUGCCAGGUAUUCCCUUGGAUGUAAAGGAAAAUAGCGGUCGAGGGUUCAGUGUUUGGGUAACGCUAGGACGAGGUGGCACAUUGGAUGUAAAGGAAAAGAGCAGUGGAGGGUUCAAUGUUUGGGCAACGAUAGGACGGGGUGGCACAUCGAGGACCUCUCCCCAAUAGUACAUAGCCCCCUCGAGGGUUUAGGCUAGCUUGAUGGGGGAUGGGCUGAUGCAACGUCAAACUAAAAGGCGGGCGAGCAGAGCUUGAGCCUGGGGCCCUUGGCCCAAGCGACGCCCCAUCUGCCUUCGGUCAAUGGCGCUAGCCGAAGGCGCUUUGGUUGUCAUGUUUGUUGAGGAGUUGGCUAGGGUAUUGUUUAUGGGUGUUGGUGUAUAGAGACAUGGGUGAGGAUGUGUUUCUGCAUGGAUUGGUGGGUCAUUCCUUGGUUUCCAUAGCCACGCCGCUUUCUGCGGGCACGUGACAACGGUUGGGUGCCCUAGCCUAUAAAUAUGAGUGGUUGAUGGGACUCAUUCUUUUACCCGGCUCAGUUCUUGUUUUGUUGUCAUGGCUGCUUUUGCGAGGGUUUCUAGAGGUUUCUGGGUUACGUGCUUUGUGGAGGCUAUGCGCUUGGCGAAGGUUGUAUUGUUGACAAAGUGUUCCUGUGGAGGUUUAUGUCAGUGCCUUGUGUUGGAUACCUUU